AUGAGUUUUUCUCCUAAUUUAAAGAAGAAGAAGAGGAGGAUCGUCGCGUUUGUGGAUUCCGACGAUGAUUGUCAGCAGAGAGAUGGUCAACAAGCCUCGGUCGAGAAUUCUCCCGAGAGACCACAUCUGGAUUUGGAAUCAUCUGACGAAGAUGAGAUUGAAAAAGCUUAUCGUGUCCUAGACGUCGUCGUGGUGGACGACACUGAAGUGUCUGACAGUGAGGAAGACGAGUCGGAAGAUGAAUGUCAGGGUACGCAAGUCGAUUUAUUCGACGAUCCGGAUGACGAUAAUGAAUCGUUGCUGACUGACGGUGAGUCGGAGGAGGACGACGACGAGGAGGAUGACGAUGACGAUGAUGACGACGAAGUUGCAGUUCUUUCCCCACCUUCAACGUCGUCAGCUGGAUCUCUACAGAGAAGUGGUGCAAGCCGAACAGUUGUUCAUCGUACGGUGGCGUCGUACUUCGAUGUGCCGGUGUCUCUGAUGAGUCCGGAGCAGAGGAGGAAAUAUAAUCGAGUAGCCGCAGACAGGGGAUUCCACAUGAAAAAGAACCCUGAAAUCCCCUGGGAAUAUGUGGAGAAAAACCGGACAUACAUUCGGCGUGCAAAUGAUGAGGAACGCCUGAUCGCUAACAGAGAGUCAUCUAAAUUAUCAUAUCAUCGCCCACCUGGUCCAAAUUCUAAAUACGGAUCUUCAAAAGAAAAAAAAAUCGCACAGAGAGAGCAAUCGAGAGCGAGCAGCCUUCGCUUUCGAGAACGACAGAAGCAGAUUGGCCAGUUUAAUCGACCAAGAACUCGACCUGGAGACAAGCUGAAUUAUAAAUGCGACGAUCGAUAAGUGUAUGCACGUUUUGUUCAUUCUCUCCCUCGAGAGAUCAUUAUUUAACAUCACAAAUCACAAAAGAAGUGAAAAAGUUGAUUCAUUGCUUACUGCAAAAAGUGACAGCGACGAGUGAGGUUCGACUAGAGAACCAGUCUUCCCAUAUUCAGAUUUCUUCUUCAGAGAAUGACGAG